GCCAUUCGUGCCGGUCUGUGUAAUUGUUGACGUCUGUGCGUCUUGUUAUCAGUGGAUGUGUUUUUAGUCUGUAACCACCUGGGUGGCGCUCCCCGCUGUCACCUGACUCUAUAAGAGGAAACCGACACCGAGAUACAGGGACCGUGUCUUUGUCCACACUUGUCUGGAGCCGAACAUAUAAGGCGCCGAACGGACAAACGUCGCGACCGGAGUCUGUAAAGAAAGCGAAAAGGAGAAGUGAAAAUGUUUGUUUUCAUCCAGUUCUAACUCUUCUCCAGCUAGAAACGUGCUCCACCCCUGUCAGCACAGCUAAUGAAGGCGCCUGGUGUGAUUUGGUUUUAAACUGAGGUGGUCUCCAUCGAGCCAUAAUGCCGGACACAGAGGGCUCUCUGCCGGUCCCCAGGAGGCUCAGCUAUGCGGUGGGCCACUUUCUGAACGACCUGUGUGCGUCCAUGUGGUUCACGUACCUGCUGGUGUUUUACCACUCAGUCCUGGGGUUCCAUAACACGAAUGCAGGCAUCUUGCUGCUGGUCGGACAGGUAGCUGAUGCUGUGUGUACACCUCUCAUCGGCUACGAGUCUGACAGAACCCCUGGCUGUGGAAACUAUGGCAAGAGGAAGACAUGGCAUUUAGUGGGUACUCUGAGCGUGAUGCUGUCCUUUGCCUUCAUCUUCAACCAGUGUCUAGGCUGUGACCCCCUCACCCCACAGUGGGCCAGUCUGACCUACUUUGUCCCGUUCAUCGUCGUGUUUCAGUUCGGCUGGGCUGCCAUGCAGAUCUCUCACCUGUCUCUCAUUCCAGAGCUGGUCACCUGUGAGCACGCUAGAGUAGAACUCACUGCUUACAGGUACGCGUUCACAGUCAUAGCCAACAUCACAGUGUACGCUGUGGCCUACCUGCUGUUCUACUUGUAUGCCGGAGAGGACAGCGACCCGCUCAGUGAUGCACUCGGACCCGUAGAUAUCCCUGUCUUCAGGGACCUGGCGUUGAUUGUCUUGGGUAUCGGUGCUGUCACCUCCGUACUCUUCCACCUGGGGACCACAGAGGGUAGGCUUGGAACAAGAAUGGAGGCUGAAGCAGAGGGGAGGAGGAUAGAGGAGGAAGAGGGGGAGCGGAGGCCUCUGCUCCGUCGCCCCAACACCACCUCAGCUCUUCUCCAGUGGAAGUGUUGGCUGCAGCAGCCUUCUUUCUACCAGGUGGCCGCACUCUACAUGUCCACCAGGUUGAUAGUCAAUCUGUCUCAGACCUACAUCUCAAUGUAUCUCAUUAACACCCUGGAUCUGCCCAAGAACUUCAUAGCAACCAUCCCGUUAGUGAUGUACGUCAGUGGCUUCCUUUCCUCAUUCCUCAUGAAGCCUCUCAGUAAACGCAUUGGAAAAUGUCUCACCUACUUUGUGGGCCUCCUGCUGAUCAUGGCCUUUUCCUACUGGGUGCUGCUGAACGACAAAAUGAGUCGGCAGGUGUACGGGCCAGCUGUGCUGCUGGGGGCAGGGUCGGCCACCAUCCUGGUCAUAUCGCUUUCCAUGACUGCUGAGCUCAUCGCUGAUCAGACGCAAAGUGGAGCCUUUGUUUAUGGAGCCAUGAGUUUCACCGAUAAGCUGGCAAAUGGAGUGGCUGUGAUGGUCAUUCAGGGCCUGCAUCCCUGCCAUACUGUGACGUGUUGUCCGGCCUGCGUGUGGUUCUACCACUACAUCAUGGUCAUAGUGACGGGCGGCGUGGCUGUCAUCGCAGCUUUGGCUCUGUGCUCCAUCCUCAUCUGGCCAAUCAGAAUCAGAUCACGUGAUCUGCCACUCGUCUCUGACGAUUCAACCGGAGUCAACUAGGAGCAGCCCCCCCACCCCCCACCUUCCCUAAAGCGGACUCCAGUGAAAUAGAACAGAAAAGCACAAACUCUGGACAGAAAGAACUUUCACUUCUUUGAUAUUUUUUUAAGACUCUGUGUUUAGCUUUCCAGGGAAACCACAGGGGAAUUCCUGACUGGCAGGUUUAACACUUUCUUACAGGGCUGAGCAGGAAACUAGAGGAACUAAGAAGCAGAGUUUUAGACUUGCAUUAACUGACAGCAAUUUAUAGCCAUUUCCAGGAGGUUCCUCCUAAAGGUGUGUCGAAGGGAUCACAAAGCAUAUUUUGACUUUGCAUUAUUUGCACACAUUUGAUCGUUGGUAUUUGCCCUGAACAUUGUGUCCCGACAGCGUUGAGCUCAGCCUUUGGUUCUUGUUAGUCAAAAUGUCCUCAGUUAAACUUGAUUUUAUGGCAGGUGCACUUAAGUA